AUGCCGGUGCGGCCUGGAGCCGCUCAUCAGCCGACAUUGAUUGAGGUCGCGCCCGGCUUUACCGCUUUAUUAUUUCGGCACAACCCUCCGACAGUAGGGGAGCUGAAAGGCCUCCCAACUCUCCAUCAUCACAGCCCACGCGAAUGGGCUGUCUACCUUUUGGUCUUGGAGAAGGAGGAUGCCCUUCCGGCCACCUAUGUAGGGUCCGCGACCAACGCCACGCGUGGCAUAGCAUCAAGAUUCGCAGACUACGAUCAUUUGCGAAAUUUGUCUGUUCGAUGCCAGGAUUGGGUUAAUGAUGUUGAUGAACCGAUCUACAACGUCCUCUUCAGACGUAUCGAAGAUGUGUGGCGCGCCCUCCAUGACCUCGGCAUGGUCGUAACCCCCGGCUUGUUGGAAGUUUUGCGCCGCCCCGAUGAGCCCGAUUUAAUCAAGUUCUUUAUCGACGCCAUCAUUCCCCACGCCUCGGAGAAUAAGUCAUACGGCCAUAUCCUUCGAACCCUUGCGCAGGCGGAAAAUGUUCCGUCGUACGCUACGGCUAUCCGCUAUAGCGAUCUUACCGGGUCAGCGUCUAUAUCUGCGAAAAAGCGCAACAUGAUCCACAGCGAGGCGACCACCAUUGCUACUUGGCUUAUUUACCUCCGCACGUCUCAAUCAAGUACCAACGGCGGCGGUACGCUCCAGUUCACGAAGGACCCGGACCCGCUAGCCAAGCAUACUUCGAACCGACGGCAUCGUUGUAACAUACGAGCACUUGCGGUGUGA